AUGGGGGCGUCAUCAAGUAUACUAAAUGAAUUUGUUGAGGACACAAAUUUUAGCGUGGAAGAGAUUGAUAGAUUGAGGAAACGUUUCAUGAAACUAGAUAAGGAUGGAUCGGGAGAGAUUGACAAAAAUGAAUUUCUAUCGAUUCCAGGAAUAUCGUCAAAUCCAUUAGCUACACGAUUGAUGGACGUAUUUGACAAGGAUGGCGAUGGACAAAUUGAUUUUCAAGAGUUUAUAACUGGCUUGUCAGCUUUUAGUGGUAAAUCCUCCAGUUUGGAAAAAUUGCAAUUUGCAUUCAACAUUUACGAUAUUGAUCGCGAUGGAUAUAUUGGCAAUGGGGAAUUGUUUAUAGUUAUGAAAAUGAUGGUGGGGAAGAAUUUACAAGAUGAGGAGUUGCAGCAAAUUGUGGACAAGACUAUCAUGGAAGCUGAUGUUGAUGGUGAUGGGAAGUUAAAUUUUGAAGAGUUUAAGAAGGCAGUUGACAGCAAUUCCAUUGCUAAUACAUUAACGUUGAAUAUGUUUUAG